AUGUCUUCAGUCAAAGCCAUCAUCUUCGGCGCAACAGGCGCAGUCGGUCGUGCUGCAGCCCUAGAAGCCCAAUCCAGGGGUGCACAAGUCACACUCGCCAUGCGCAAUACCAAAAAGCCCAUCCCAGGCUUCACACCAGAACUUGAGAAGAAACUUGGCUUCACUCGCGUCCAAGCCGAUCUCUCAGACCCCAAGUCCGUCGAGCGCGCCGUAUCUGAAUCAGGAGCAACUGUAGCAUUUUCAUACAUACUCUUCGAAGCAGCAGACGGUCUCUUAGAAACAUACAAUGCUAUGAAGAGGGCUGGUAUCACGCAUGUUGUCCUGCUUUCUUCGUUUUGUGUUACGGAGAAUGGAGGUGCCAAACCAUCUUCUGAAGCAGAUGAGAUCCUAGCUGUUGUUCAUGGCAAGGCUGAACUUGCACUGGCUGAAAGUGGCAUUGCUUAUACUGUCAUCCGCCCUGCGUAUUUCUCAAGCAAUAUCCAGAUGCUGGAAGAUUGGGAAGAGGUCAAGUCAGGACAGCUCGAGUUGGCUCAUCCCGACGCACCGUUCGAUUAUCUCGCCCCCGAAGACGUCGGCGCUCUCGCAGGUGCACGAGUCGCAGCAACUCCUCCGUCUAGGGAGUUAGUCAUAUCACAAUGCGGACCAGAGUUGCUCUCCCAGCGUGCAGCAUGGAAAGUUGUAAGCGAAGGUCUGGGGAUGGAUAUCAGCAUCAAAGAGAUCAAUAGUGAUGAACACAGAGAGAAACUCAGAUCGAGAGGAUUUCCAGAGCCGAUGAUAAAGUCUGCUGUUGAGAGGUUAGCAAAUCUUGGGCGUGAUCCAGCGAGUUUGUAUGAGCCGGAGACGUGUAGAGAGGCGUCGAUGAAUUACAGAAAGUACACGGGCAGACAGCCUACUACAUUCAAGGCAUGGGUUGAUAAGCACAGAGAGGAACUUUUAGCGAAUUAG